AUGUAUUUAUUGGGCGCGCAGGCAUUCGACAGUGCCAGCCGAGGACCAUGGGGCUCCAUCAAUAUCCUAUGGUCCCACAGAGCAAGCUCAUUGGCCUCCCUUGGAGCCUUGAUCACUGUGUUGGCGUUGGUGUUUGACCCAUUUAUCCAACAAAUUCUGAGUUAUCCGACGCGACAGGCAAUAGCCACGGACCACCCAACCACCGCAACAAUCAAACAGGCGAAGAGCUUCAUUCCCGAUAAUGAUUCCCCUAAGAUAUACAGUGCGCUCUACAAUGGGAUUUGGGGUAGUGAUUUUAGUAUUGACCCCAGCUGUCCCUCCGGAAAUUGUACGUGGCCUACCUUCCAAUCCGUCGGGGUUUGUAGUCAAUGUGGAGAGGAAUCGAAUGUGACGGUCAAUUGUGAUCUAUCAUCCACCAUUAAUGAUAUCGAGACGGAUCCACCCAAAUGCAAUGUUGGCCUUUCUCAGGGACAGCACUCGAAUACUAAUGUCCCGCCGCUUUAUGGAGAACGACCACGCUUACAGGGCUAUAUACCCAAAGAGAUCGUGUGGACCGUCAACACCGUGAGUUGGAUGAUCGAGAACGAGACCUACCUUGGGAUCGACUAUCCACUUGCAGUGGUAGCUGACACCCAACUUGGCAUUCAUGAGGAGCCAGACGGCCGAGUGAACGUAACACGGCCCUUUCAGGCCGAAAAUACAACCGUCUGUGUCCUUGCCCUGUGUCUCAAAACUUAUAACAUCUCGGUUCAUGAUGGCAAGGUCCUCAUCAACACCACCGCGCCACCCAACUACGGAAAGACUAUGAUGGAAACUAUUUACCAAUCCUGGAGCCCUAAUUCGCAAUCUAUCAACCAAAGCCUUGAUGUAAAUACGACAGAAUUUACAUUCCACUAUCAGCAAUUCACUACGUUUUCUGGCAUGUUAGAUGGAAGCAAAAAAGAGGUUGUAUAUUACGACCAAAAGACGCAACGGAUUUCGUUGACAGGAGACGGUCCCGCUGAACUGAAGGGCAAUUUCUUGAGGGUUCGGAAUACUAGUCUAGAAGAGGUGAUGUCCAACGUCGCCGCCUCCUUGACCAAGCUCUCGUUUGAUCUCAGCAACGAUGUUGUCAACGGGACCGUCUUAGUCACUGAAGUCUACGUGUCUGUUGCCUGGAUCUGGCUUGUUUUGCCCGCUUUGCUUCUCGUGUUGGGAAUCAUCUUGAUUUCAACCAUCUGUGUCAACAAAGGCCAAACACUGCCGCUAUGGAAGUCAUCCAUCCUAGCAGCUUUCUUUCACGGCCAUAUCAAUACCGAGCCGGAUGGUCAUGACUGUCAUACUAUCAGCGGAAUGGAGACCAUAGCAGCUGAUACAAAGGUCCGGCUGCGACUUUCCGAAAGCAAUGGCCAACUUAUCUUGGAGAGCGAUAGAUAG